GCUGGGCGGCGCGGUGGCAGCGGGCGAUGUACUGCGGAUGUAUUAGUAGCGUGGAGCGCGGAGCUUGCGCGGGCGCGUGAUCCGGUACAUAUUAUCUGUGAGUUAUGUGUUGCGCGACACCCGGGUUUCAAGUGAAUUGCCUACUUUGUUGGUCAGGCGAAACAUUCAAAUUGAAAAAAAAUCUGUGCGGACGUUGUGUAAAUGGAUAAUUGUGAUUAUUGCUGUGGCACACUCGGUACCCACAGACAAUAUAAGGUGCGGGAUGUGUGCCGCGGCCACGCUGCUGCUGAUGGCGGCGCUGCCGGCGCUCGCAGGACAGGGCCGGUGGUGCGCGGACGGCGAGGUGGUGGCGCUAGAGGGCGCUGGCCCGGCCUUCGCCCCGCAGCAACACACCGCCGUGCUGGCGCCCGCCGGCCACGCCGCCACCCUCGACUGCCGCGUGCUGCGGCUGCGUGACAAGUCGGUAUCGUGGGUGCGGUCGCGGGACCUGCAGAUCCUGUCGCACGCGGGCACGGUGUUCACGGCGGACGCGCGCGUGUCGGCGGCCGCGGCCGGCGCGCGCCACUCGCUGCGCAUCGAGCGCCUGCGCACUACCGACGCGGGCCGCUACGAGUGCCAGGUCAACACCGAGCCCAAGAUGAGUCUCUUCUUCAAUCUUACUGUAGUAGACGAGCCGGUGCCGGAGGUGGUGGUGUCGGUGCUGGGCGCGGCCGGGGUGACUGCCCGCGCGGGCGGCGCCGCCACGCUCGCCUGCCAGGCGCGGUACGAGCCGCCGCCGCGACAGCUGCCACUGCCAGACCUUGACAUUCGUUGGCAAAAGGGAAAUUUGCCGAUCAGCCUACAGAGCGGGCGCGGCGUGGCGCUGGACACGCAGCGCUGGGCGGCGCGCGUGGAGUCGCGCCUGACGCUGGCGGCGCUGCGCGCGGACGACGCGGGCCACUACUCGUGCAGCGCCGCGGGCCGCGCUGCCACGCUCACGCUGGACAUCGAUCGCCUCGCUGACGACGAUCGUGUUGAGGCAAUGCAGCGUGACCAGGAGGCUGCGCGGGGCCGGGGCGCGCCGGCCGCGGGCGUCCUGGCCGGGGGCGCACUAAGCGCGGGCGCGCGAUCCGGGGUACUGCUUGCGAUAGUACUGCUACUGCGCUAAGGGAGGAAGUCUUUUGCAUUCUGUAUAUAUUGAAUCUUGUAAAUAAUGUAAAUAUAUUUAUAAUAUA